CUCUCAGUCUGUCAGGUGCAGGUGGAGGAGGGGGCGGAGUCUGUCCAGCUGCCCUUUCAAACCAAGAAAGACCUUCCUGGAGAUGCUAAAGUGGUGUGGUGGCGCUAUGAACCUGAACCACCGAUGACUGUUCACAAAUAUCACGCCGGCUCUGACCAGCCUGACGCACGAGACCAGUUUUACAGAGAGCGAAACGAAAUGAGAGACGACUCACUGAAAACUGGAGACCUCAGUCUGACCCUGAAACUCCCCACAGACAGAGACACUGGAAAGUACAUCUGCAGAGUUGAGGGGAAAGGGAUCAAGAGAAAGAAAACAGUUCUGCUGAGAGUGAUGAACUGUGUGGUGGAGGUGGAGGAGGGGGCGGAGUCUGUCCGGCUGCCCUUCACAACCACACAAAACCUGCCUGAAGAUGCUACAGUGAUGUGGAAACGCAUUGACCCUGUACCAUCAGUGUUGGUUCACCUGUAUAAGAACGGCUCUGACCAGCCUCACAAACAGCACCAGGUUUACAGAGACCGAACGAAGAUGAAUGAAGACCUGCUGAAAACUGGAGACCUCAGUCUGACCCUGAAACAGCCCACAGAGAGAGACAGUGGAGAAUACAUCUGUAAUGUCUGCAGCAAAGAAAGAAGCAUUUCAAGAGAGACCACGGUGCUAUUAAAGGUCAAAGGGAGAGUUCAGGUCCAGGAUCAAACAGGGGACAUCAGGAACAGAAGCAGCUCCAUUGAUCCGACUCCUCUGAUGGCUGAUCAAUCAGUUUGAUCUGUGCUUAGUUUAGGAUCAGCUUUUAGUUCAAGCUAAAAUUAAAGUCCCUUUCUCAUGACUACACUUUAAGAAAGGGACUGGAGCACACCAGCCUGCGUGGCAGAGUUCCAAGACUUUUGGGGAAAAAAACCCUGGACUGAUGAGUGUGUGUCAUUACACACUGCAUUUCAGAAAAGGAAGCUCAUACCAACAGUAAAAUAUGGUGGUGAUAGUCUGAUAGUCUGAGGCUGUUUUGCUGCCUCGGGACCUGCAAGACUUGCCUCCCUAAAUGGAACCAUGAAUUCGGCCCUCUUAAAGAAACAAUUCUUUAGGAGACUAUCUGGCCAUCCGUUCUCAUCUGACCUGAAGCGCACUUGGUUUCUGCAGCCGGAUAAUUAUGCAAAACACCCAAAUAAGUCAAAGUUCAUACCUGAAUCUGAUUUAUAUGCUGUGACAUGACCUUAAAAAGGUGGUUCAUGCUUGAAAACCCAGCAAUGUGGCUAAAUUACAACAAUUCUGCAACAGUGAGUGGGCUGAAAAUCCUCCACAGUGCUGUUAAAGAUUUAUUGCAGGUUGUUACAAAUGCUUGGUUGCAGUUAUUUAUUAAAUUCAGGGGCAAUAGCUUUUUCUGACAUGUUCAUCUAGGUUUGGGUUUUUCCCCUUAAUAAUAAACACAUUUAUUUAGA